UUCUACCGGAGCGCUAGAGCCGUUGGACUGUUUGAUGAUCGUGACGUGGUGAUUGGUUACCAAGUACUAUCGCGAAAAACAUUACGUUUGCAAAAUUAGAUCGAGGUUGAGUUGUUGGAAUAAGCUAUCUCGGGUGGAGUAACAGGUUUAUCCCUUUCUUUUGACGAGACUUGUACUGUCUGCUGCUAAUUUGUCUGGGCUGUGGUGUGCGUGAGAGAGAGGGAGAGAAAGAGAGACUUGACUGAUUCUGAACUGAUACGGCGGCAGCAUGAAGCUCUACAGUCUUAGCAUCAUCUACAAAGGAGCAUCCAAAGCCAACCUUCUCAAAGCGGCCUAUGACCUGUCCUCCUUCAGCUUCUUUCAGCGCUCCAGUGUUCAGGAGUUCAUGACUUUCACCAGUGCCUUAAUUGUUGAACGAACAACACAAGGAAGCCGUGCCUCCGUCAAAGAACAAGAAUACCUGUGCCAUGUGUACGUGAGGAAUGAUAACCUGGGUGCUGUGGUCAUUGCAGAUACAGAGUAUCCACAAAGAGUCUCUUUCACAUUGCUGGAAAAGGUACUAGAGGAAUUCUCCAGGCAAGUGGACAGUAUAGACUGGCCCUCUGGUAAUCCUGAAACCAUAAACUACAAAGCCUUAGAUAUUCACCUGUCUAAAUACCAGAACCCUAGAGAAGCAGAUGCAAUGACCAAAGUGCAGGCAGAACUGGAUGAGACAAAGAUCAUUUUGCACAACACCAUGGAAAGUCUUUUGGACAGAGGAGAGAAACUGGAUGAUCUUGUGGCAAAGUCAGAACACCUGGGAAACCAGUCUAAAGCCUUCUACAAGACUGCACGGAAACAGAACUCAUGCUGUGAAAUCAUGUGAUGUCACUGCCUCGUCCUUUUGGAAACGUGUGUCUCUGCCUUUCUGCUUUUCCUACACCUCCCAUCAUGCACUGGUUACCAGCUCUCAACACAACGGACAGAACAAACGUCUUGUAAGGAGUGGGGUGCCAGGAUGAGAGCAGGAGAGGGUGGAAGGUGAUAUACUGUCUUAAGUGUGACCUAUCCGGAUUGUGACUGAUGGGGGGUUGAAGGAGUGAUGGGGUUUAGUCAGGGGGAGAAGUAACGUUUGAAUUAUUACUAACCUUGUCAAAGGGUAACUAUCUGUAUGGUGUUUUAAAACCAGCUGAGGACAUAAUGGUGUGACGUUGUAUGUUGGUGGUGUUUUAUCUUCAAAUCAUUUAAUAUUACUUGGAUUGAAUCAAAUUUUUAUAGUUUGAUCUCAAUUCUUUUUCUUUUUUUUUUUUCCUCCAACAGAGUAUUAACCACAGUUGUGCUUUUGCGUCAAUGCAACUCUGACAAUCCCAGAUUUUUCUUAUCUUGUGAACUCAUACAGUGUGUCACUGUUACGGUUCAGUUCUUCUACACUCACUUUACUCCCAGACAUAACCUUUAUGUCCACUAGGUGGCCCUGUUUACUUUAGUGUUCAACUGAGCUUCAGUAUUGAGGUUUACCUAAGCACAGCCAAGAUGCCUGGAAGCGGCUGCUUGGACAUGUGAUAUCAAAAUCUCUCAGAAUUUUACGUUGAUUUUAAAAAAAAUCUUAAUUAUACUGGAUUGAGUUACAGGAUUUCUUUGCUUUUUUUUUUGUCCUGUAGUGGUAAAUAAAAUCUUAAACAUU